CUCUCUGAAAGUUCACAACCCUCUCCCCUUCUCUUCCCUAAGCUUAUAAAAUAUUUGUAAUUGUAACGUGCCUACGUUUGUCGCUUCAAUGAUGAAUUUGGCGCGGUUAGUUCUGUCGUACGUUUUGUAUAAUCUCACUUGAAUUACGGAUAUUCUGGUAAAGUGGCAUAGUCGUUCUAAUGUGUAGAAAUAUGCUAUCAGCAACGGAGUAAACGACGAUCACGCUCGUCAAAAGACUGAUCUCAAAUCACUUUGGCUAUGUCGUAUUUGACAAAUGAAGAAUGGGUUGCAUCAAUAGCAGAGCAGAUGUAAAUGAUCUACAUCCCAACAUUUUUCAAGUAACAAAUGUAGAUGAUGAUGGUAAUUAUAUUUCCCCUGGACGUUUGGAAGUGACAGAGAUAGACAUUAUAUUAUAUCAGCGUGGCAAGCAGCCAAUUAAAUGGCCAUUGCGCUGCUUAAGACGGUAUGGAUAUGACUUAGAGGGACUCUUCAGUUUUGAGUCAGGCAGACGCUGCUCUACAGGGCCUGGUAUAUAUGCCUUUAAGUGUCGAAGAGCUGAAGAACUGUUUAAUCUUGUACAAACAAAAAUUCAGAUACGUAACAACAGUGGAGAUGACACGUUGUCCAGAGACCUUCCAAUCCCGUCACAUCCUGUUACAUCAGUGGCAAAUGUGGCAGCACAAAUGGAGCCUAAUUAUCUGGAUCCAAUAUCAUCUAGUAGAAGCAACAAUCUUACAAGUUCUAGAUUUCCUCAUAGCCAACAAAACGGUAUCAGAAGGUUAAGCAGUGUUGGAAGCAGUGGCCCCAUAUCACCUCAAGGAACUUUGGGAUCGCCAUCACCACCCCUUAUGCUGCCACCACCACCACCGAUUUCGCAGCCUCAUCCGUCCUCUCUUUAUGUUAACGAAGAAGUCUUGUUGUCUCUCCCCAUUGAAAUGGAGCGCAACAAUAAUAAAAGUCCUGGAAGACCAACACAAAGAUCACCACAAAAUGCUUUCAUGGUCAAUAAAACGAUAUCCAUUGGUGGACCUGUGGAAACUGAAUUGAUAUCCAUUCAGGAUGGCACAAAAAUAAUUACUUACGAUGCAACGUCACCAUUACCGGCUAUGACACCCUAUAUGAACAUAGAUAUUUGCAGCGAAUCUAACCCAAUUUCGCCAACGCACAGUACUUCUGAGAUGAAUGAACUCAAGGAAGAAAGUAAUGACACAGAUGCAUCUGAACAUGCAUACAUGAAUAUAAGUCCAGGAAAAGAUCAUACAGAGAACAUUGCUAUCAAGGUGCGUCCACCUCCAUUGCCCAUCUUACAAUCGGACAUAGAAGAAGGCUCUAGACAUUGUUACGCUAAUCUAGAAGCGAGUGAAAUUGAAAGUCUAAGGAAGAGAUUUUCUGGCACUUCGGUAGCUGAGAGAUCGCCCUUAGCACCCUCCACACCGACAGGAUGUCUGAUCAGAGAAGUGAAUUAUGCAGUUUUGGAUCUGGAUAAAAAAGACACACCUCCUGGCAUAUCGGAUAAUGCGGUAAACAUUGUCCCCUCUCCCCCUGAAUCUCCAAACAAGCCACAAAAAGGCUAUGCCACGAUAGACUUCAACAAAACGGCUGCUCUCUCACACUCCGUUAAUUCUAACCUCGUGAAUGAUAACGAAGGCUGCAGAAAAACUCGUCACAAUUCCACGAUAAACGAGUUGGUAUCUUCGUGCAGGCACAAUUCUGUAAGUGAAUAGAUAAACAAACACAUUUUAUAUCGUAUAAUGACGUUCGUAUAACGAUUGUCUAUCAUGUUCUUUGCUGUAGAAAAUUCAAAAAUAUUAAAAGAUCGAUUUGGUUUUUCCAUGAGCUUCUGAAACUCAUUGAAGUCAUUUGAUUACAUGUUAAACUUGAAAAGUUUCUUAGUAUAUUGGAGACUACAUAGUAGUUGAUAUAUACUAUGAGAUAUUCUAGUAUAUAAAUUUGUACAAGUUUUCAGUGCAUUUUAUCACAGCAACAGCAGUAUUCAUACAUAGUAAGUCUUUUUUCCAAGUCAGAAUAAGCAUAGAGAAAAUUUUUUAUAUGAGGAAUGUAUAGAUAAGUUUUUAGUACUUCAUGCUAACAGAUUUUUUAUAUUUAGCAUUUUACAAAGUAACAUAGAGGAAUUGGAAGCUAAAGUGCCCUAAUCUUUUUCUGUAAAUAUCAUAGAAUUAAUGUGGCUCAAGUGAUCAUAAAGAACAAAAUUGUAUAAUGUAAAAAAGUAUGAUAUAAGUUAUCACUGAUAACGAGAAUCAUAUUAUAGAGAUUUUUAGGUGAUUGCUGUCACUUGCUAGUUAUCAUUAGCACAAGAGCUGAUAACAAAGUGUAAGUUUAAUAUGAAUAAUUGUAUAACUGGUAUAAUCACUUAAAAUAAGAUCGUGGUUGAUAAAGUGAUUUAGAUUUGAUAUGUGUGACUUGAAUAAUAAUAUUAUUAUUAUAAUUAUAAUAUAAAGACAAUGUUAAAAUAGUUGAUGCAGGAAUUUGCUAAGUUCCGAAGAUUAUUUCUGUUUAUAUUGUGUGUGUGGGGGAGGGGGGUGCGUACGCGCGCGUAUUUUGUCAGCGCAAUAUUAUUAAUUCAAGUCAAAGACAACUUUUUCUUCUGAUAAUUCUUAACUCAGUAAUAAAACUAUGAUACAUCCAAGAUGUAAAUAACCAUGAGUUUUUUUACAGUUAAAUUUAUAUAUAUAUAUA